GCCAGCGUACGAAAGGAGCUUUGACACUGAUGACCAACAAAUUAAAUAAAAAGUGAUUUCCUUUUCGAGCAGAACAUCAAGAAAUCACCAAAAAAAAUCAUCAACAAAAUUGUUGAAAUAAAAAUAAAUCAGUGUCAAAUGUGAAUAGUUCUGGCAAAUCAUUUAAAAAUAUCUAAAGAAUGAGCAGAACAAACUGAAGUUCUUUCGAAUCCAGUUGUGAGCUCGAGCGAAUGUUACGCGUAGAUACGAAAAAAAAACAAAGUGUAAAAUGAUUUUCCAUUUUUAAUUUUCUAUAUUUAAAGUUUGAUAAAUUUCCAAUUUGUUUUCGUGCGUUCACUCACACUUUAUACGAUUUUAUUGAAUACAUUUUUUUUUACAUAAGUUCAACGAUGUUUUCAUAAAACAAAAAUGGUACUAAAGCAUGGCCACUAUUAAAUAUAGUGACUAGUGAUAAUACUAGUGUCAGACAAUAUCGUGUGUUCGAAGUAAAUGUAGAGAGAACAUAGAACUGAUUUUCUUAUUUGAAUAAAAACCUGUAUUCAACUCUUCUUAACGAAAAUCCAUUUGACAAUGACUGGUGAAUCAAUUGGAUGUGCACCUCGAAAGAAAAAUAAGAAUAAAAAAGAUGAUAAAAGUGGAAAAAAUGAGAAUAACGGUGAUUUAUCGAAAACAAUACAUCCAUCGAAGACGACUCGUGGUGGUUUGAGAGUUUAUAAAAUUGUCAUUCUUGGCGAUGGUGGCGUUGGAAAAUCAGCUGUUACGUUACAGUUUGUCAGUCACAGUUUUUUAGACUAUCAUGAUCCCACAAUUGAGGAUUCAUAUCAGCAACAAGCUGUUAUCGAUGGCGAAGCAGCUCUGUUGGAUAUAUUGGAUACUGCUGGGCAAGUUGAGUUUACGGCAAUGCGUGACCAGUAUAUGCGAUGUGGAGAGGGAUUCAUAAUAUGCUAUUCCGUAACGGAUCGCCAUAGUUUCCAGGAAGCCUCUGAAUAUCGAAAACUCAUAACAAGAGUUCGUCUCACUGAAGACAUUCCAUUGGUAUUAAUCGCAAACAAACUGGACUUGCAAUCACAACGAAAAGUUUCUACCGAAGAAGGUAAACACUUGGCAACUCAAUUCGGAUGCCCAUUCUAUGAAACGUCGGCCGCUCUUCGGCACUACAUAGAUGAUGCAUUCUAUACAUUGAUCCGAGAAAUUCGUCGGAAAGAAAAUUCACGGCAAUUAAGUAACAGCUCAAGCGUGGAGAAAAUCAAUUCGAAUCGUCGAAGCCGAUGGUGGCGACUUCGAUCCAUAUUUGCAUUGGUUUUUCGUCGCCGGCGACGAAAUAAUUAAAAUAACAAACUAUUUUGAUCAGAAGAAAAUAUCACGCGUGCACAAACACACAUCCGAUUGUAUCAAACUUAUAUCACAUACUUCGGUAUCAGAAGCAAUUUUACGGAUCAAUAGACAAUUUUAUGCAAUGAAAUGGAUAUACAUAGUACCAACUUUUUUUAUAUGCCAGUAUCAAUUUCAAAACUCAAAAGAUAACAUACCGAAUUACACUGUGUACAAUGUACACUUGAGAUGCAAAGCAUCACAAACGAUUUAUUUAUUUUUAUACAUGCUAAAGGGUAUUCAUCAUUCGCGCCAUACCAAAAAAAAAUAUUGAUCAAAUAAAAAAACAAAGAACAAAUACCAAAUUUUGCUUUACAAACAUUUGUGAUAUUUGUUGAAUUUUUUUUUGUAAAAGAAAAUAUUUAUACUCUUCAAAAAACCAUCAUUCGAAGAAUUCUUAAUUUAGUUGAAUCACCUAUUUAUUUAUAUUGGUUGAGAAUUUUGUUUGUCUGAAAAUCAAAUUCUUUGUUGAAAAAGAUGUUGAGAGGUGACCAUUUUUUUGAAAUGUAUUUUUCUAUAAUGAAUAUCCAAAAUAAAAACAUACAAAUUAAAAGUAAAUGAUAUAUAUUUAAAUAAACAUAAAGUAUAAAACAGUAGUGAAUCAAUCCUAUUCGAAAUUAACAAAUAAUAUAUAUAUUAUCAUUGUUCCAAAAUAGUUGUUAAAUGUUUAUAAGAAAAGAAGCAGAUCCAAGCAGAAAAUUUACUCAAAAAAAAAUAACAAUCAAAUCAUUGAAAGUGAACAUAUUUUGUAUUAUCUUGGCCAUUCUCAUCGGUUUAAACAUUGCCCAAUAAGCAUACGAAUUUUUAUAUAUUUUUACUCUCCAUUUUUUUAUUGAUAAAACAAAUAGCAAUAUCAUUCUGUUCUAGAUUUAAAAUAGAAACCCUUGAGCAGCAUUUUUUCCUCAUUUUUAAUAGCCAGCCAACAUUUGUUUACUGCAACAGUAUAAUGUAGAGAUGUUCAUAGAGUCAGAAGUAAAAAUAAACAAUAAAUUUUCGCAGUUAUCAGAUGAUAGAUUGGAGAUUUCUUCAAUGAAAUAGUCAAAAAGUAGUAGAAAUGUUGUGUUAAUUUUGUUUUGAUGAUACUUCGAAAGUUGGAGCAAUUAGAAUAUUUUAUCAGAUGAAUGAAUGACAUACAAAAAUAAUAAUAUUAUAACAGCAUUUAUUCAAUAAAACAUUGU